AUGCAAUUUUUUAUUAAUUUACUAAUGGAAGUCAAUGAUAUUUUUCUAAACAAAUACAAAAUAGAAAGCGUUCUCGGCAGUGGUGGAUUUGGGAAAGUUUAUAAAGCAACAAACAUUAAAACAAAUAAGCAAGUCGCUUUAAAAACUGAUAUAAAAACUCGAGGUGUUGUAAUAUCGGAAUCUCGAUUAUUAAGAAAAUUACAAAGUAUUGAAGGAAUCCCUAAAGUAUAUGAGUCAGGAAAGGCCGAUAAAACAACAUAUAUGGUUUUUGAGCUCCUAGGAUUAAGCUUACUCCCCCCCUUUAAAUUGGAACAGAAUAUUGGUAAAAUUGCAACUUUAACCCCCUUUAAUUUUUUUUCAGAUAGGAAAAUUUUAAUAAUGGAAAUACUAAUUGUUAUAAAACCUAAUUUAAUAGAUAUUUAAACAGUUUCCACACUAUCGAUUAUUUUUUUAUUUAAUUCUUUAUUAUUUUUAAAAAUUUUAAAAAAAUUAAUUUUGAAUAUAUUUUAUCAAAAAAGUGCAAGUAGAAUGCUAUCUAAACCACAAUGAAUUAAUUAAUUUUUUUAAUUAUUUCUUCAGAAAAAUAAAUUAAUAUUCAAAAUAUUGUGCUCAAUUUAUUUUAAAAAUUUUAUAGUAAACCCCAAAAUAAAACAAAUUAAUUCUUUAAAUUGGAACAAGAUUUUUUGUUCCAAUUUAAAGGGGAGUUAGGAAAUGCUAUGAAGAAAAACGGUGGGAAACUCCCAGCUAUAGCGUCAGUAUUAGCUGGUUUACAGCUAUUAACGAGACUUGAGCAUAUUCAUGGAUUUGGGGUGGUUCAUCGAGAUAUAAAGCCUCAUAAUUGUUUAUUUGACUUGAACUGCGAAGUUAUAUAUUUAAUUGAUUUUGGGCUUGCAAAAGAAUUUAUGAUUGGCCAACUACAUCAGUCAGAGCAAUCUGGGUGUUCCUGUAAUGUUAUUACACAAACAUUAUUAUUAUUUUAAUAAAAAUAAUUCAAAAAUUUAGAGCCAUUCCUGUGUAGGAAAUUCAAGCUUUGCUUCUUUGGGCAAUCAUAUGGGCUUCAGGCAAUCUCGAAGAGAUGACUUAGAAAGCCUGGGCUAUUUGAUGAUCUACUUAAUCAAAGGGAGGCUGCCAUGGCAGAAAUCUGCCCAUAAAAAGUGUAUGGGAAAAUGACAAAAGGUGUUCACCAUAAAAGCAGCAGUCCCUGUGCAUGAAUUGUGCAUUGGCUGCCCCGGAGAAUUUAUGGAAUUUUUAAAUUAUGCACGAAGUUUAAAAUUUGAUGAAAAACCAAAAUAUGACUAUUUAAGAAAUCUAUUAUAAUUUAUAAUUAAUAUUAUUUAAAUUGAAAUAAUAAUUAAAUUAAUUAAAUACAUUCUAUAAGAAUAUAUUAGAAAAAGUCAAGCGAAGCUUAGAUUACUCAGAAUAUUCUUUUCUUUGGCUUAAAGACUUUUCGUCUGCAUUAGACUCUUCUCCAAGAAUUAGAGGAAGAAGCAAUUAUAGGAGAGACUCUAUUAAAACUAAAAGCAGAAAAGCAAAAAGAAGUUCAACAAACACAGACUGAAAUUUUGAAGAAGACCGUGAAAUUACUGAAAAUUGCAAACGCAGUUCUAAAAGAGCUGAAAAUUUAUUAAAAAAAUUAUUUUUAUAAAAUACUUUAUUUUUUAACAUUUUUUUUUCUAACUCCCCCCCCCCUCCGUGAGUGAACAAAACCAUUAGAAAAAUCGCCAUUUUUUGCCCAAAAACCCACCCUCCAAGAGUGAACAAAAAUUUUUUAAUACAAAAAUUUUUUAUGGAAAAAAAUUUUGAUAUAUAAAUGAUAAUUAGUAUAAUGAAAUCUAGAGCUAAUUCUGUGUAAUUUUAAACAAAUUCCUUUUAAAACAUAAAUUUUAUAAAUUAAAUUAAUAUUUGCUUUUCAAUUUUUGCGAAUUAGGAUUUUUUUAAAUUUCGAAAAAAAAAAUUUUUUAUAAAAUUUAUAUAUAAAAAUUUUUUUAAAAAAAAAAUUAACCCCCCUCCGUGAGUGAACAAAAUUUUUUUGUUCACUCACGGAGGGGGGGGGAGUAAAAAGAAUAAACAUCGUCGGUCCAAAGCCCAUGCAGAAAAAAAUACCAUAAUAGAGGUUGAUCCUCUACCUAAAUUAGUCACAUCUAUAUCAGUAAUGCUUCCAGACACAUCAGUAGAUAAUGAUAUUUUUGACAAAAGUUUUCCAGAUCAAGAUUCUUCUUUUGACAUAGAUAUUCAUAAUAAAUCUUCCCCAGAGGAAGAUUAUUCAUCUCAGCUUACAGAACGAAACGAACCUCCCGAAAUAAUAAACCGGUCUAUUAUAACAAAACAUAAAAAUCCUCCUUCAGAAGUCACAAAUGAAAGGCAUUUAAAAGGAAAAAAUUGUUGUAUAAUCUAA